GAAUUCGCUAGUGGUUCUCAAUUUCCGCUUGAAGUCAUUUUUCUUUCCUUCUUCCUUAGAUUGGGGGGGCGGAUUUUUGGGGCACAUUGUGGACUAAAAAGCAGUGGUGCUUACACAGAGAGAAGUGAGUCAAGAUAGCAGAAGAUGCCUUGCCUGAACCUUUCCACUAAUGUCAGCCUUGACGGCGUCGACACCUCCUCCAUCCUUUCUGAGGCUACCUCAACUGUCGCCAAGCUCAUCGGCAAACCUGAGUCCUAUGUGAUGAUUGUGCUGAAGGGAUCUGUGCCUAUGGCAUUUGGUGGAACUGAGCAGCCAGCAGCUUAUGGUGAGCUGGUAUCCAUUGGUGGCCUUAACCCUGAUGUGAACAAGAAACUGAGUGCUGCAAUUGCUGCAAUUCUUGAAACUAAAUUGUCAGUGCCCAAGUCGCGAUUCUUCCUCAAGUUCUAUGACACUAAGGGUUCGAACUUUGGAUGGAAUGGGUCUACCUUCUAAAUGGGAUGUAUCACUCACAAUCUGGAUGCUACCUUAUCAGAUAGCUUAAAACCUCUGUAUUGGUAUCGUAUCAUAAAUAUUGGUAAUACUUACCGGAUUGUGUGAAUCCAUGCAUGAAUGUUAUGAAUGAAAACAUUUGUUAUGACCUAUUUACUUAUGAGCAUUUUAUAUUUGAUUGUGCU